CAACACAAGAAGAAGGUGGCAGACAUGAUUUUUGAACAAGACGUGAGUUGGGUAUCACAAGACCUAGUGAUAAAGCCCCACCACGUUAAUAGUGUCAUGAGAACACAAUACAAGAAGAAGAUAUCGUUCAAAACACUCCACGAAUCGUUGUGUCAUAUUCACGUAGAAGAUAGUGAAAAGUCCGUUGAGUUAGGACUUUUGGCGGAUGUAUCAGUCGAGGAUAUCGAUUGGACCGGAAUAGACCACUUUCAAUGCGAAGCGUGCUUCAAAGCAAAGGGAAAACGACAUAACCAUCGUACCGAAUAAAGGGAUAAAUACCAGGAAAGAUAUGGAAAAGGUACUCAAAGAAAAGAUAGUAAGUUCAAUGUAUGUUUUUACUACCAAGAGACGGUAGAAGAAAGUGCAGAUGCGUAGCUAGAGGAGGUCAGCAAGGGCCGGAAACACACGAUCUGGACGCCGAAACAUAUAUAGUCGCACACGAAGCACUGAUGACGGGAUCAUCCAUCGCGUUAGGUAGUGGGUGCAGUAUAAAACAAUUAGAUAUCACAUUCGCAUACCUUUAUGAACCACUGCAAGAAGAACUUUAUAUCAAAGCCCCACCUCAUUAUGGGCUAAAUAACAAGGUAUUCAGACUCGAUGAAUCACCAUAUGGACUCAAACAAUCAGGAUCCAAUUGAUAUGAGGUCAUAAAAGAUUUUCUUGUCUCAAAAGGCGGAUUGACAGGAGGGAGAUGUGGCCAUGGGUACUUGUGAAAAGACACAACAACGACAUAUUAGUGGUAAAUUUCUUUGCUGACGACACGAUCUUUAUGACUAACAACGAUCAGAGGUACGAAGAAUUAUUGGCGCAUCUAAGAACUGAAUAUGAAACAAAAGUAGUAGCAGAAGGCAUCCCAGAUAAUGACGGAUUUGCCAGAUAUGAAAUUGAGUAUAAGAAAUCAGACAAAAUGCUGAUAGGUGUAGAAAAAUCAUAAAUCGAUAACUUCCCAGAUUAAAGUGCGCACUGUUUAUUAGCACACCUAGGCUAAGGGCGAUACAACUGUCAAUUGAGAAGCUAGGAUUUAAAAUGCAAAGCACCGUCAUCACUGAUAGCCAGACACUGAUAAAUUUAGUCACCAAGACAGAAAUGGUGAGAGCUCGCAAUCGUCAUUUUUGGAUGUCAAGUAUACAGACUCAAAGACGACCAUCAACAGUUGGCAGUUCAAGUCGAAUACAUUAAGUCAGAAGAUACUACUGCUGACAUACUGACCAAACUUUUGGCCGUAAAGAUAUUCCAGCGACUCAUCCAACACUGGAUAAUGAAUUCACGCUAUCGGUGGUAUGUUGGAAGGAGCUGGCGAGAAGGUGAUAUCGUCAAGUUGUAG